AUAGUCGGAAUAUUUGUGUAACUAUUGAUACUUUAAACGGUUUUAAAUUCACUUUCCUGUUGUAGUGUCUUUAUACAUAAGAUUCAGUCGGUGCGGUAUCAGCUCAUUCUAAGCCGAAAGUGUCGCGUAUGCUUCAAAGAAGAAGUAGACGUUUGUAAUGCUAGUCAGAAAGUCAAAAACAAAACAACGGUUAAAGGAGUGCAAUGGAAGUGUAUGCCCAGCCACAAAAUUAGAGUGAUAUUCGGACAGAACAAAUUGAUGUCAAUAAAUGCGUCACAAAGAGCUAUGUAUUUCAAGUAUGCAACGAUAAUAAGGACCUUUCUUGCCGGGACAACUGCUGAUGUUCUACGCAUGCGCUUACAGCAGGUCGUAGACGCAAGUUUAAUGACACUGAAAAGUUUCUUAAACUAUCACAAAGUCAAUAUCAUUCUAGCUUUAAGGAAAAGUCAAAGCUUUCUCAUCCUAGUUUUUCCGCCUUCUGAUAUAGCACCAGAUCCAUCGGCUUGGAACACACAACUGCUUUGCCUUGUUCUUCGGGCGUCCAAUUGUCUUAACGUGAGCGAACAAGAUGACGUCAUAUAUUUGUCAAAGAUUUACAAGCGUUAUUUCAACAACAGGCUACAGGAUCCCGGAUGUGGAACUAUAACGAAGAAGGGAUUCAUUGCAAAACAAGAGUGGUUCAGAACAUGCGCUUCGAUUCAAAGGAUAGUUGAAGUUGUCGACGACCCUGAACUCAUAAAACAAGUUCGGAUAUUCAUCUGUAAAGUUGAAAUGGAAGGGAAAUCGCCAAAAGCAAGAAAUAAAUCUCAGUUGAGACUUGAGUCAUUUGUUUCAGAACUGAUCUCUGGUGAUAAGCUACAAAAGCAUCGCGAUAGCAAUUUAACCGACGAGGCCAAGCAAAUUGUAAAAACAGAAUUUAAAAUAAGAAAAACUCCCAAACGUAAGCAGCGGCCAUUGUCAGCGGAUACUGUUCUGAAUUUGGUCAGGAAAAAUGUCGACAAUACAAUACAAUACAGUUGCUCUAGGCCAACAUCGGCUACAAGGUCGGUAAUGUCGCAUUCCUCACGACGAAGCUCAGUAAGAAAUUCUAAGCGUGGAACCAUUCGUUCCGAUAAAAAGCCAUUUAUUAAAGUUAAGGUAAAUAAUGACAAAGUUGAUGAAACAAAGUCGUCUGUUGCCCAAAAAGAGAGAGUGAAAAACAGGAGCUUAAGCAUUUCAGAGAAGAAGAGAACCACUGCCAGGAAAAGGCCUUCUUCUGCUAUAGAAAGAAGUACCACUAAAACAUCAACCAAAGCCGGUGUCUGCAGGAGGUCAAGCAUUAGUUUGAAACAUGAAAGACUGUAUAAUUCGGAAAGUAACGAUACAAGUUUGUAUGCUGUCAGGGAUAGUUCAACUACUUUGUCGAAAGACGGUUCUAGAAUUUCAAGACCAGGUAGUGCCAAAGAAAAACGGCCGACAAAAUCAAUACUUAAGAGGCAAAUGCCUUUACAUGUAAAAACACUCAAGCCAAAAAACGAAAAUGAAAAAGUUUCUCCUGAAAAGUAUUCAUAUGCUCCAGACAACAAGCGAAAUAGUGAAAUAAAGCGUGAAAAUUCUAUGAUUUUGAAGGGUAUACGACCUAGUUCAGGACGACGGCAAAGAUCGAGACGGUCGAAAAACACUUCAAAGGAGACUGUUAUUAGAAAAAAAGAACACGAUGUAAUUGAUACGGUUAUUUGCGUACCAACGGCUGAACCCGACUUGACUGAUGAAAAUAAUGAAAACCAAGAAAAUGAAGUAAAGCAAAAAGUCACUAGUAAUAAAAGCAAGAAAGGCGACAAAAAUUCAAAAGAAUAUGAAGAGACCAAAGGAGAUAAAGCCAAAGAAAAGACUUUCACUUGUUUCAAAAAGCUUGGUACAGAAGGGAAACCGAAAUCAGAAGAAAAUGGAGAUGGCAGAAAACGUAAAGUUUUUGAUGAAAACAUGAAGAAAAUCGCCAACGAAGUAUUGGUUCACCAAAAGAUUCAUGAAGCUGCGAAUAACACACUUCUACAAGACAAAGAAUUUGUUGACGAAUUUUUCGCAUUCUUGAACGAAAAUCACGUUACAAAGAAGUUUCUGCGCGCGCAAUCUGUUGAACCGCGUGAAUCAUGGAAUCUUCCAAAUGGAACACAUACGCAUUUCUCCUUCUUUCUAGCGUUCGUUUUUAGACACAUUCACACUACAGAUAUAAAAAUGGUUUCCUACGUAGUAGAGAAGAUGUUACUUCGGAUGAGAUGCAAACAUAGUGCAGAUCAAAGAACUCGCGACAGUGAUAGUAAAACUAUACAUGAUACUGCAGGAAACGGCGAAUGUCUUUUAUCACCGGAACAUGAAGACAGACGAAGGGUUUAUCAAGAAGUCUCUAGUUCCGUUGACUGUGAGCACCGCAGAAAUAUAUCUAGACCUCGUAGUGCAUCACGUGACGGACGCUCAUCAUCGUCAAUGUCAUCGAGAAGAAGUCGAAGUUCACCGAAAAGGACAAGACCUGAUAGCCGAGACGACAAACUCAGGGUUUACAGAAGCACGUCUAUAACAGAAAAUCUGUGUUGGAAAUGCAUACAGAAAGAAUUGGCUUUAACGGCAUGUGUACAUUGGAGUAACAGAUACUUGUGUGAUUUGUUAAUAUCGGAAGGUGUCGUUUACAAACAGGAACAUUUAUCGGCUGCUGUCAAAGCGGGCGAUUUGAUUGCACUUGUAAAAAUUGUAGACUUUUUAAAGAAUAGAGGGGUUUGGAAUAAAUCAAGUGCUGAAGUAAGAGAUGCCCUGUUUUUGGCGAGAAAGCUAAAGAUGUACAAGAUGGUAGAGUUUCUAACGGAAGAGAACAUCGAGGAUGAAAGGAUAGUGAACAAUAAUAUAUGUACGCCAUGUUUCAUUGCCUGAUUCAUAACAGGCCAUAUUGUAUAGCCAAUCAGACUCAUCCUAUAAAAUGUUUCAUUGUUAUUUUUACUUUCAUUAUUAUUGUUUAUACCAUGUUGUCAUUGAAUUAAACUAUAUCCAUGUAUUUCUA